CUGAUUCAUAAUAAAAGAAAAAGGUGCAUAAAACAAUCAUUGAAAAUACACACAGAGCAUUAAGACUUGCAAACAAACGAUGGCCGCCACAUUAAAACCGUAUUUGACUGCCGUGCGGCAUUCGUUGACAGCAGCAAUGUGUCUGCAGGACUUUCCGUCGCAAGUUGUCGAACGCCACAACAAGCCGGAGGUGGAAAUUUGCUCAAGCAAGGAACUGGUGCUCACGCCCAUUGUCGUCUCCCGCAACGAGAGGGAGAAGGUGCUGAUUGAGCCGUCCAUUAAUUCGGUGCGUGUUAGUAUCGCUGUAAAACAGGCCGAUGAAAUUGAGCGCAUCUUGUGCCACAAGUUCACACGCUUCAUGAUGCGUCGCGCCGAAUCCUUCAUUAUAUUGCGACGCAAACCAAUCGAGGGAUACGACAUUAGCUUCCUAAUCACGAACUUUCACACGGAGCAGAUGUACAAGCACAAGCUGGUCGACUUUGUCAUCAGUUUCAUGGAGGAGAUCGACAAGGAAAUUAGCGAAAUGAAACUGGCGGUCAAUGCACGAGCUCGCACCUGUGCCGAGGAAUUCCUGAAGCGGUUUUAGUUGCUACUACAUUGUUGAAAUAUUGCUUCAAUCCAUAAAUAAAUGUGUGUUUUCUAUAACAAUCA